AUGGCUUUUACUGAAGAAUACGUGUUUCUAUCCUUCAUUGCCUUCCUUUGCUUCCUCCCCCCAUGCAAACUUGCCAAAACCCUCCCCGUCGCCAGUGCCAACACCCUCCCCUUCGCCAGUGCGAACACCCUCCCCGUCGCCAGUGCCAACACCCUCCCCGUCGCCUGUGCCAACACCCUCCCUGUCGCCAGUGCCAACACCCUCCCCGUCGCUAGUGCCAGCACCCUCCCCGUCGCCAGUGCCAACACCCUCCCCAUCGCUAGUGCCAACACCCUCCCCGUCGCCAGUGCCAACACUCCCCCGUCGCUAGUGCCAAACCCCUCUCCACCUCCUCUAACGUCAUCUCCCAGUGAGCCCACAGCCCCUCUCUCCCAAACUGGAGGCGGUUUAUCCAGCGGAGGCAUUGCUGGCAUUGCUGCUGCUGGCACUGUGGCUGUCCUCGUGCUGCUGGUGCUGUUGGCCUGGCUUCUGUGGAAGCGAUACCGCACCAAAGGGGUGAAGGAGAUGGCAAGCAAGCACCAUCCGCAUCUUGUGCGUCUGUUGGGCUAUUGCAUCGACAUCGACUUCUCCACACGACUCAUGGAGCAGAUCCUCGUUUACGAGUUCAUGCCCAACCACGACCUUGAGAGCUGGAUUGGUUCUGGUGUCUCCCAUCCUCUUUCGCUUCGUCAAAGGCUUGACGUUCUGAUUGGAGUGGCAAAGGGGUUGCAGUAUCUUCAUGACUUUGGCAUUGUGCAUCGCGACAUCAAACCUGCCAACAUUCUCCUUGAUGCAAAGAUGCAGGCCAAGAUUGCAGACUUUGGGCUUGUGAAGCUUAGUGGGGGCUCUGCUAUGGGCACGUCUGUGGCUACCACACGAGUGAUGGGAACACCGGGCUAUGACCCUCACUUGGACGCACCAGAUGACUUGGUGCUGCGCUGGGCUCGCCUUGCCCUCUCCUGCACCGCCAAGCAUGGAGCCUCCCGCCCCUCCAUGAAUCAAGUGCUUUGGGAGCUGGUGAAGUUGAAGCAGGAGGCGUCCGGAGCACAUGAGGGCCAUGUGGGUGAGGCCAAAUCUCGCAUUGACAUGGAGCUUGGGAGCUCCAUUGGCUCCUCCAGCUUCACUGCUGAAAUGGCCCGUGCGGAGCGCGAGGGGGGCAUGCCAAGUGGCUCUUCCACGUAA